UAACUGGAAGCCAAGCAAAACAAACGCCGCUGAAUUUUAAAACAAUUUUUACCAAAAUAAAUAUAAACCCUGUUAAUAUGGCCGUUGGACCACAUAAAGUUGAUCAAUCAAACUAUUCUCUGCGUUUGAAGGAAUUGUUCAACAAGCAGAUACGUUUGCAGAUCCGCGAGACCAACAUCAGCAAAAUUAGUUCCAAAUUUCAUGACAAUCUGCUCACAGCAAUGGAAAAAGCAGAUUGGCAGCAACGGGAGCAUGAAAGAAUCGAAAGGCUGCUUGUCUUGAACCGCCAGGAGUUGGACAAGCGAGUGCAACUGGAGAAGGAGCUGACACGGGAACUGGAGGCCACCAAACAGCAAGAAGCAACAGUGCGGGAACACAACAACGAGUUAAUGGAAUGCAUACACGCGCUGAAACGGGCCACUGGGACAAGUAUAAAUCACGAUGCGUUGCCGGCACGUGUGAAAGGUGUCACUGUACUGAGGAACCCCGAUGGCGACCAAUGGGUACCCUUUGACUUGGCAGAAACGGACGCAGAGGGACUGAACUCUCUGUGCCAAAGACUUCAAAAAAACAAUAUAGACGUAAACAAAUGGCGACAACUUGUCUCGCUUUCGAAGAAAAUGUCGAUGAAAUGGAAUUAUUCUACGCCGCCUCGCAGGGACAACGACAAGGUGGACAUAAUUGAGAUUGAUCUCACCUCGCCCACAAAUCACAUCUGAUAUUGAACUCUGGAACACAACCCUCCUCAAACU